AUGUCAAUAUUUCCAGCUAUGAGCGUUGACUUGGAAACAACCUUCUCCAUUGUCAGUGUUUUCAUAGCCAAAGACUACGGUAACCGCAGAACCCCGAGUUGUGUGCCCUUCACAGGUAAGGAAUGUCUCAUCGGUAAGGCUGUAAUGAACCACAUGCACAAACAGGCCUUGUGGCUCGUUCACUGA